AUGCCUCCACGAUUACCAGCGCUCACUUCUUAUUGUCGCUCGGCGCCAACUUUGGCCACACCUUUGGCUGCACUCCUUGCGCCAUUGAUGCAAACCCGGAACGCUUCGAUUCUUUCAUCUUUGUCCGACAACUCUGGGGCAUAUAAUAAACGUAUACGAAGAGGUCGAGGUCCAUCUUCGGGAAAGGGAAAGACAUCAGGACGUGGUCAUAAGGGUCAGAAGCAGCAUGGAAAAGUCCCAGCACGAUUCCAAGGUGGUCAAACGCCACAGGAUGUUGUCCACGGUGUGAGAGGAUUUGAGAAUCAUUUCUCCGUUGAUAUGUCCCCAAUAAAUCUUAAUCGCAUACAAGAAUGGAUCGACCAAGGUCGACUUGAUCCCACACGACCCAUUACUUUGAAGGAAUUGGCUGAUUCUCGAUGUUUACACGGAGUAAAGGAUGGAGUGAAGCUAUUAGCGAGAGGAAAGGAGGAGUUGAAAACGCCGAUUAAUAUUCUGGUAUCUCGCGCUUCGGCGACGGCAAUCGAGGCAGUGGAAGCGCUUGGAGGAACGGUCACAACUAGAUUCUAUACAAAACCAGCGAUUAAGAGACUCUUAGCGGGGGAAUCUGUCUCUAGUCCUGUCCCACUUUCAGCAAUCGACGCCCAGUUGGUUAGCGACUCUCCAAUCCUUACAGCUGCCGCUGCCGCGUCACCAUUCUCGUACCGCCUGCCAGAUCCCACAAGUCGUAAGGACAUCGAAUACUAUAGAGAUCCGGCGCACAGGGGAUACUUAAGUCAUACUGUGGAGGAGGGUCAAGGACCAAGUUUGUUCUUUAGGGCUCCACGAACUGGAAAUUUCCAAAAGAAAUCGAAGAAGACAGGUACAGGUGCUGCAGCGAGUGCCAACAGAAUAUGGUAA